AUGGCCUCGGGAACAUUCAGUACUUAUGAAGAAAACAUUGAUGACCACGAUUUGCAAUAUGACGGCAGCCUGGGGAUCUCAGAGCUUUUGCAGGAGAAAAUAUAUAAUGAGGAGCUGCAGAGCUUCUUUCCUGAAGGGUGGAACUACGAGGAAAUGUUGCAGGACGUGAUGGACCUCGAGAGGUCUGAAGGAAUCAUCCCCUGGGAAGAGAGUGCCAGUGAAGAUAUCAUGGUCUUUCUGAAGCAGUUCCCUGAGCAGAGAAAGGAGAUAGAGAAGUGUAUCCAGUGCCUUAAGGACAUGGCAGACAACAUUGACCUGACCCAUAAGAACUGCACCAUUGCCAACAUGGCUGCGAACUCCACGAGCCUGGCGUCUGGCAUCUUGACCAUCCUUGGGCUGACCUUAGCACCGCUGACGGCAGGGGGGAGUUUGGCUCUCACGGCAACUGGGAUUGGCUUAGGGGCAGCAGCAGCGGCUACCAGCAUUUCUGUCAGCAUAUAUGAGAACGUCAGCAAUUCGAAGGAAAGGAGCAAAGCCAACGACCUGCUGGUGGAAUGCCAAAGCAACCUUAAAACACUGACCCACCCCAAUGAAGUGGAUUUCAGACCCAUAUUCUCCCCAAAGAGCGAGGCCAUGGGCAACCAUCUGACACACGUCCUUUCCACUGCUAGUAAAAUUCCAGAGGUAGUAUACAAAAGCGUUAAGGGGAUAAGAACCAACGUAAGAGCAUUCAAAGUGGUGAAAGCUAACCCUGGUUUGAAGGCCUUAGCACAACGGCUCACCGCGGCUGGGAGGACAGCCCGGAACACAGCAAAGGGGACCAAGCAAGUGCAAAAAGCCUUAGCUGGGACCACUCUUGCCAUGUCCAAAAGUGCGAGGGUGCUCGGUGCCACAGCUGCAGGAGUUUUUGUCAUGUUUGAUGCCUACAGUCUCGUGAAAGACUCCAUCCAUUUAACUGAGGGGGCGAAGGCAGAGGCUGCAGCAGAUAUAAGAGAAAAAGCUAGCCAACUUGAAAAGGACCUUCAGAAUCUCAGCGAGCUGUAUGAGGAGCUGAAAGGCAUGGUGUAUGAAUAG